UAUGUGGCUCUGGCUGUCCUAGAAUUCACUAUUGGACUAGACUGGCCUCAGACUCAGAGAUCCACUUGCCUAUGCUUCUGAAUGCUGAGAUUAAGGUGUGUGCCACCAUGCCCUUGAUUAUAAUUCUUUUUUGUUUGUUUUGUUUUUCAAGAGAGGGUUUCUCUGUGUAACAGCCCUGGCUGUCCUGGAACCCUCUAGGCUGGCCUCACUCACAGAGAUCUGUCUGCCUCUCCCUCCAAGUGCUGGGAUUAAAGGUGUUCACCACCACUCCCAGCUCCUUGAUUAUAAUUCUUAACAAGCUCUUGAUUUGAAUUUUUCUUCUUAGCCAAACUUACUUAAGGGAUGUGCUUGUCUGAAAACUAUGAAGGCAAAGGUGCUUCGGUUCAUCUUGUGACUGGAAUGCAGAAUUUUUAUAUGAUCUGAGUAGGUAUUUUAGGAAAUCCCUAAAGCACGCACCAGGUCUGGUUAACUUUGUAGAGCUGAUCUAAAUUGCUACUAAAGAUGUCGUCCAGAAAACCAGGACUGUAGCGGAUCUCUCUUGUCUCCACAGUGAAUUCUGGGUAGCUGCUCUGCAGGAAUGCAGCCAUGUCUCCUGGGCAGUGCUGUUAAUCCUGCUGUACAGUUAGCAACCAGUGAGAUCAUAGUGUGGGAAGUGUCUUACCUCGUCACAUGUGGGUUUGGCUCUGACAGCAUUUCUCCUGUGCAGAUCCAUGUCCUUUCGGAACGUAAGUCCAAAGAAAGAUGGAGAGAGACCUGGGCCUGAUUGUGUUGGUGUAGCCAGGACUAAUUGUCACUUCUUUUUCUGUUUUCCUUGAUGGUUUCUUUUCAGAGGCCAGAGACUGUAAAGCUCUAUUUCCUUCUUUGCAGAGGGAAUGAUGAGAGACCAGUAUAAGAUUGAGAACAAUUCUGGUCUUUGUUUCAUUUAUGGGGAUGGGAUAAAACCCGGGGCCUUGUGUAUACUAGGCAAGCACUCUGCCACUGAGCUACACCCACAGCCUCACUUUCUGGGUGUUGAAGCCAGUGCAGAUUCUAAUCUUGCUCCUUCCUUUAGUACUAAAUUUGCCCUUUCUGGGAGCCUGGUGAGACACUUCACACUUGCGAAGAUCUGGGUCAAGGGUUUUCCUGACUGCCAAUGUCCUUCAACAUUGAGAGCCUGGAGCAGAAUUUCCCAAAGUGUGUUCCAGGGAUUAUCUGCCCCUAACAUACUUUGGAAACAGUGGGUUCAAUAAUCAGGUUGUGAAACGCUGCAUAGUUUUCCUCCAGCCUUUACCAUGAGUGCUCAUAAGUAUAUUAAAAACCCCUAAGAGGUUCUGCCAUGAGUGGUUUUCUAAACUAUUUUAACAGGAGUCCUAUUUUCAUUUUAAAAAGCUAUUAAUAUCCAUGGAACUAGUGUAUUUAAGAUAUACGCUUGGGGAAAUGCCAGACUACGUUAUCACUGGGCUAAAUACUUGGGUCUGACUUUGGUUUAGGCACAGGCUCUGCCGUCUUUGAUCUAGUCCCCCAGUGAUCCUGGGAGUGCCCUCCUGUGUGAUCUGAAGAAAGUGAAUGGCAGCCUGGGUCAGUGACUCCUGUGGCCAGCAGGAUGGGAAGUGAGUAAGAACGCUGGCCAGAGUCAGCAGAGAAACGACCUGGUCCUGAGAAGGCAGACUAGUGCCAGGCCAGGUGCGGAGCUGCUUCUUCCUCUUCAGUUAGAGCCAUGUGUUUACAGAUGAGGCGGGUCCGUCUCGCUCGGGACAGCAGUGCUGACUCUUCUUCUCCCCUGGGCAGAAUCCUAAUGCUCCUGGCUAGCUGGUGGUGAGCAGCUUUGGGGCCAUCGUGGUUGGCUCCCCAAGGAAGCCUUUUGAAGCCAAUGGAUGCAUUCUCAGGCUCGGGGCUCAAGAGGAAAUUUGACGAUGUGGAUGUGGGCUCCUCAGUUUCCAACUCAGAUGAUGAGGUCUCCAGCAGUGACAGUGCGGACAGCUGUGACAGCGUCAACCCUCCCACGACUGCCAGCUUCACACCCACAUCCAUCCUGAAGCGGCAGAAGCAACUGCGGAGGAAGAAUGUCCGCUUUGACCAAGUGACUGUAUACUACUUUGCCCGGCGCCAGGGUUUCACCAGUGUGCCCAGCCAAGGUGGGAGUUCUUUGGGAAUGGCCCAGCGCCAUAACUCUGUACGCAGCUACACCCUUUGUGAGUUCGCACAGGAACAGGAGGUGAACCAUAGAGAGAUUCUUCGUGAGCACCUGAAGGAGGAGAAGCUUCAUGCCAAGAAAAUGAAGCUGACCAAGAAUGGGACAGUGGAGUCAGUGGAGGCUGAUGGCUUGACACUGGAUGACGUUUCCGAUGAAGAUAUCGAUGUGGAAAACGUGGAGGUGGAUGAUUACUUCUUCCUCCAACCCCUGCCCACCAAGAGGCGACGGGCCCUGCUGAGGGCCUCCGGGGUCCACCGGAUUGAUGCCGAAGAGAAGCAAGAACUGAGAGCCAUCCGCCUGUCUCGGGAAGAGUGUGGUUGUGACUGUCGGCUCUACUGUGACCCAGAAGCAUGUGCCUGUAGCCAGGCUGGGAUUAAAUGCCAGGUGGAUCGAAUGUCCUUUCCUUGUGGCUGCUCCAGGGAUGGCUGUGGAAACAUGGCUGGGCGAAUAGAAUUUAACCCGAUCCGAGUGCGGACUCACUACCUCCACACUAUCAUGAAGCUGGAGCUAGAGAGCAAACGGCAGGUGAGUCGCCCAGCAGCCUCCGAGGAUGAGCCCUUGCCUACUACUGGCUGCAGCCUGUCUGGAGCCCAGAGCUCUGAGACCCAGGACUUCCAGGAGUUCAUCGCUGAGAACGAGACCGCAGUGAUGCACCUGCAGAGCGCAGAGGAGCUGGAGCGACUCAGGGCACAGGAGGACCCGAGCGGCUCUAGCGCUAGCUUGGACUCGAGCAUGGAGAGUCUGGGCGUGUGCAUCCUGGAGGAGCCCCUGGCUGUUCCCCAAGAGCUAUGUCCAGGCCUGGCCGCCCCCAUUCUCAUCCAAGCCCAGCUGCCCCCAGGCUCCUCCGUGCUAUGCUUUACUGAGAACUCGGAGCACUCGGCUGCCUCCCCGGAGAGCAGUCCACCCUACUUGAACAGCGGUCCUCUGGUGUACUACCAGGUAGAGCAGAGGCCAGUCUUGGGAGGGAAAGGAGAGUCUGGUUCAGAAGAGGGCACAGCCUCCUUCCCCAAGGAGAAAGAUCUGAGUGUCUUCUCCCUUCCUGUUACCUCGCUGGUGGCUCGCAGCCCCUCAGACUCAGCUGCCCUCUGUAAACCCGAGGUGGGGAAAACACCCACUGUUGACAAACUAUUGCCUGAUGACUGCAACCCUAAGGAGCCUGAGAGUGGAGACUUCCACCCCUCUUGGGCUCCCUCAGGCCUGCCCUUCCGAAUGGACACUGAAGAAGACUGUGGAGUGCAGAACUCCCAGCAGAGUGAGGACCGGACCCCUGAAGACUCUGCCCUAGAGCUCCCUUUGACAGUGUGACCCGAGACAGACACUGCUCAUUCUCUAUUUAUUAUCUAACGCCAUUUCAAAACAA